AUGUUCUGGGGAUUUUCGGAGGCUCUUAAUUUCGUCGAAGAAUAUCGAAAGCUGCUACCACCGGAUGGACAAUUACCGGUGUCGUUGAAUAUUUUGCUAUUUGGCAGCGGUGAUCCACGACACGUGUUGGCGACGGCAUCGAAGCUCUUCCAACAUCCCCAGCUUACUGUGCACUUCUAUCUCGUCGAAGGCUGCAUCGAGCUGAUCGCCCGGCAUAUGCUGCUCGUAGCGGUGGCCUUUGAAAAUCCAACGCAACUGUCCGUGCGAGGAAAAACGGAUCUCUUCCUGGACCUGUUCGGCAAUACCCUGAUUCGCCCGUUUAGUAGUGCCUAUUUGAACAGUAAGGCUCGCGUGCUGACCAACAUCGUAACGGAUCCGGACUAUGCAGAACGAUAUGCACCAAUCUUUGACCUCGAAGCACUCAAGUACAAGGAGCGUGAUCAGCUGGAAAACGUCUUUCGUUUCUGGCAAAACGGUCAGACCCAUGUGUUCAACAUCGCACGCUACUGGGAUGAUCGUUUGCGAGCGCAACUGGGCGAACGGUAUGACCAUCGAGAUGGUGCCUUCGAUUGGGAUUUGCAAAUGCGGCUUCGUGAGAACGGUGCCAAGCAGAUUUGCCCUCAGGAGUACAAACAUUGGCGCAAGACAGGAAUAGCUUUCGUGUUUCCUGAGUACGAGCAGAGUGAUCCCAAUAAAACGUUUGCGGUCGGCUUGGUGUGUAACGGCAACACCUACCAACACCGUGGCUCUGUGGGAGAUAACACAACCGGCCCAUAUAUCUCGUUUGGCCAACGAUGCCCUGAAGAGCGGCUGAUGCGUUCGAAGCACGGAGUAAACGAUUUCCGCUCGACGGACAUUACCGAGCGUAAUGUGCACCAAAUUGUGUACGAGUUAGAGGCCCGGGAGCCGUAUCAUUUCGAUCCACGCGACAUCCAUCAAUUUGGUGCUCAUCAGUUGGACAUGGGGAAGGCUCUCAAUGCACAUGAUACGCGCGUGGAGCAACCACGUGCCGAACGAUACGACGCAAGUCCGUUGCUGGAAUGUACCAACUUCAAGCUGCACUUUCUCUCCGUCGAAGAUGUGCUGCAUCUGCAGGAGGGUUCCCGCUUCUCCAACCAUUUCGAUGCCGCCUUUGUAGCCAGCAACUAUUUCUCCUUCCUGAAGGAUGGUUUCGCUUACACUUGGAAGGAUGAGGGCUGCUUGCUAUGCUUCGAAACGCGACAAUUGACUACGUUCAGCAAGGAGGAAAUCACUACGCACGCGGAAUCGAUUAAAACGUGGGCCAAACGGAAUUCACUGCAACCGGUAACGAACUUUUCGAUCAACAAACCACAUUCCACACUGCGCUACAAGCACCAGCAAUCAGCAACAGGCGCAAUGGAAGGGUGUAUUUAA